CCUCGCAGGGGUGUCCCUUCGAGGGUCGUUAGCGAGCCUCCGCUUUCCCACGAUCUGUCCUCCGAUUCCUGUUAACUCUAGACUUUCUGAUGUUCCCAUACCCCCCACGUCUCGGCAGGUGUUUCCACACCGGUAGCCAGCUGUGCCCUGAGGUGGAAGAGGACCGGCCACCCAGGAAUUUUCCAAGUAACGACUCGCAGUCUCCGGGAUCCUAUCUCCCGGCUCCCGAAUUUCCAUUAAUACUCUAGCGAUGUCAGAAACAUCCUCAGCUUCGCAGAAAAAUUCCAGUAAUAUUCCAGCAUCUGUCAGUAUCUUCCAAGGAGCCCGGACGCCCUCCCCAGGCCCGCUCUCAUAAGCACCCCAGGAAUGUGCCCACCCACCUCCUGGUUUUCCCAGCAGUAGUAUUGUAAUCCUCAGAAUCUCAGUAACUUUCCAGUGACCCCGCAUCCCCACCCACUAAUCCCAGCGUCUCUGGUUACGCCUCCCAGCAAUGGCGCCACCAUCGGUCCCGGAGUCCCAGUGAUGCUCUGUACCACACAGCCCCCAUAACUUCACUACUACGUGAUAGUAAAUCCCCGGCAAAAACCAGCAGCGCCUUGCAAGCCCACGCCACCCCAAGCAUCCCAGGACUCUUCUGAAACGACUCCGGGCUACCAGAUCAGCCGUCCAGCUGGAAUCAACCGAUGGAGGCUCCGCUGCAAACUGGAAUGGUAAGGGGUGGGGCGGGGACCGGAUAGGUGCCGGCAUGGGGCGCCACGAGGACUACAACUCCCGGCGUGCUCAGCGCGCAUUACGUGGUCUGGCGAUAACACGCUGCGUCCGCUCGGGCGGAACUACGUUUCCCGGCAUGCACUGCAGGCCGCCGGGCCUCAGGGAAGAGUCGCGCCCCCGGGGAGGGAGCAGCACUGGCCCAUUCUGCAGAUGGGGACAUCGAGUCACGGGCUGGCUACGAACUCCUCGGGGGCGAAGGUGGCGGAGAGGGAUGGUUUCCAGGACGUCCUGGCGCCCGGGGAAGACUCGGCGGGACGGAUUUGCGGUGCGCAGCCAGUGCCGUUCGUCCCUCAGGUGCUGGGCGUGAUGAUCGGGGCCGGAGUGGCGGUGGUGGUCACGGCCGUGCUCAUCCUCCUGGUGGUGCGGAGGCUGCGAGUGCCAAAAACCCCAGCCCCGGAUGGCCCCCGGUAUCGGUUCCGGAAGAGGGACAAAGUGCUCUUCUAUGGCCGGAAGAUUAUGCGGAAGGUGUCACAAUCCACAUCCUCCCUCGUGGAUACCUCUGUCUCCACCACUUCGCGGCCACGCAUGAAGAAGAAACUGAAGAUGCUCAACAUUGCCAAGAAGAUCCUGCGCAUCCAGAAAGAGACGCCCACACUGCAGCGGAAGGAGCCCCCACCCGCAGUGCUAGAAGCUGACCUGACCGAGGGCGACCUGGCUAACUCCCAUCUGCCCUCCGAAGUGCUUUAUAUGCUCAAGAAUGUCCGGGUGCUGGGCCACUUCGAGAAGCCACUCUUCCUGGAGCUGUGCCGCCACAUGGUCUUCCAGCGGCUGGGCCAGGGUGACUACGUCUUCCGGCCGGGCCAGCCAGAUGCCAGCAUCUACGUGGUGCAGGACGGGCUGCUGGAGCUCUGUCUGCCAGGGCCUGACGGGAAGGAGUGUGUGGUGAAGGAAGUGGUUCCUGGGGACAGCGUCAACAGCCUUCUCAGCAUCCUGGAUGUCAUCACCGGUCACCAGCAUCCCCAGCGGACCGUGUCUGCCCGGGCGGCCCGGGACUCCACGGUGCUGCGCCUGCCGGUGGAAGCAUUCUCCGCGGUCUUCACCAAGUACCCGGAGAGCUUGGUGCGGGUCGUGCAGAUCAUCAUGGUGCGGCUGCAGCGAGUCACCUUCCUGGCACUGCACAACUACCUGGGUCUGACCAAUGAGCUCUUCAGCCACGAGAUCCAGCCCCUGCGUCUGUUCCCCAGCCCCGGCCUCCCAACUCGCACCAGCCCUGUGCGGGGUUCCAAGAGAAUGGUCAGCACCUCAGCUACAGACGAGCCCAGGGAGACCCCAGGCCGGCCACCCGAUCCCACCGGGGCCCCGCUGCCUGGACCUACAGGGGACCCUGUGAAGCCCACAUCCCUGGAAACCCCCUCGGCCCCUCUGCUGAGCCGCUGCGUCUCCAUGCCAGGGGACAUCUCAGGCUUGCAGGGUGGCCCCCGCUCCGACUUCGACAUGGCCUAUGAGCGUGGCCGGAUCUCCGUGUCCCUGCAGGAAGAGGCCUCCGGGGGGUCCCUGGCAGCCCCCGCUCGGACCCCCACUCAGGAGCCUCGUGAGCAGCCGGCAGGUGCCUGUGAAUACAGCUACUGUGAGGAUGAGUCGGCCACUGGUGGCUGCCCUUUCGGGCCCUACCAGGGCCGCCAGACCAGCAGCAUCUUCGAGGCAGCAAAGCAGGAGCUGGCCAAGCUGAUGCGGAUUGAGGACCCCUCCCUCCUGAACAGCCGAGUCUUGCUGCACCACGCCAAAGCCGGCACCAUCAUUGCCCGCCAGGGAGACCAGGACGUGAGCCUGCACUUCGUGCUCUGGGGCUGCCUGCACGUGUACCAGCGCAUGAUCGACAAGGCGGAGGACGUGUGCCUGUUCGUAGCGCAGCCCGGGGAACUGGUGGGGCAGCUGGCGGUGCUCACUGGCGAACCUCUCAUCUUCACACUGCGAGCCCAACGCGACUGCACCUUCCUGCGGAUUUCCAAGUCCGACUUCUAUGAGAUCAUGCGCGCACAACCCAGUGUGGUGCUGAGUGCGGCGCACACGGUGGCAGCCAGGAUGUCGCCCUUCGUGCGCCAGAUGGACUUCGCCAUCGACUGGACUGCAGUGGAGGCGGGACGCGCGCUGUACAGGCAGGGCGACCGCUCCGACUGCACUUACAUCGUGCUCAAUGGGCGGCUGCGUAGCGUGAUCCAGCGAGGCAGUGGCAAGAAGGAGCUGGUGGGCGAGUACGGCCGCGGCGACCUCAUCGGCGUGGUGGAGGCACUGACCCGGCAGCCGCGAGCCACGACGGUGCACGCGGUGCGCGACACGGAGCUGGCCAAGCUUCCCGAGGGCACCUUGGGUCACAUCAAACGCCGGUACCCGCAGGUCGUGACACGCCUUAUCCACCUACUGAGCCAGAAAAUUCUAGGGAAUUUGCAGCAGCUGCAAGGACCCUUCCCAGGCUCUGGGCUGGGUGUGCCCCCACACUCGGAACUCACCAACCCAGCCAGCAACCUGGCAACUGUGGCAAUCCUGCCUGUGUGUGCUGAGGUCCCCAUGGUGGCCUUCACGCUGGAGCUGCAGCACGCCCUGCAGGCCAUCGGUCCGACGCUACUCCUUAACAGUGACAUCAUCCGGGCACGCCUGGGGGCCUCCGCACUGGAUAGCAUCCAAGAGUUCCGGCUGUCAGGGUGGCUGGCCCAGCAGGAGGAUGCACACCGUAUCGUACUCUACCAGACGGACGCCUCGCUGACGCCCUGGACCGUGCGCUGCCUGCGACAGGCCGACUGCAUCCUCAUUGUGGGCCUGGGGGACCAGGAGCCUACCCUCGGCCAGCUGGAGCAGAUGCUGGAGAACACGGCUGUGCGCGCCCUUAAGCAGCUAGUCCUGCUCCACCGAGAGGAGGGCGCGGGCCCCACGCGCACCGUGGAGUGGCUAAAUAUGCGCAGCUGGUGCUCGGGGCACCUGCACCUGCGCUGUCCGCGCCGCCUCUUUUCGCGCCGCAGCCCUGCCAAGCUGCAUGAGCUCUACGAGAAGGUUUUCUCCAGGCGCGCGGACCGGCACAGCGACUUCUCCCGCUUGGCGAGGGUGCUCACAGGGAACACCAUUGCCCUUGUGCUAGGCGGGGGCGGGGCCAGGGGCUGCUCGCACAUCGGAGUACUAAAGGCAUUAGAGGAGGCGGGGGUCCCCGUGGACCUGGUGGGCGGCACGUCCAUUGGCUCUUUCAUCGGAGCGCUGUACGCGGAGGAGCGCAGCGCCAGCCGCACGAAGCAGCGGGCCCGGGAGUGGGCCAAGAGCAUGACUUCGGUGCUGGAACCUGUGUUGGACCUCACGUACCCAGUCACCUCCAUGUUCACUGGGUCUGCCUUUAACCGCAGCAUCCAUCGGGUCUUCCAGGAUAAGCAGAUUGAGGACCUGUGGCUGCCUUACUUCAACGUGACCACAGAUAUCACCGCCUCAGCCAUGCGAGUCCACAAAGAUGGCUCCCUGUGGCGGUAUGUGCGCGCCAGCAUGACGCUGUCGGGCUACCUGCCCCCGCUGUGCGACCCCAAGGACGGGCACCUACUCAUGGAUGGCGGCUACAUCAACAAUCUGCCAGCGGACAUCGCCCGCAGCAUGGGUGCCAAAACGGUCAUCGCCAUUGACGUGGGGAGCCAGGAUGAGACGGACCUCAGCACCUACGGGGACAGCCUGUCCGGCUGGUGGCUGCUGUGGAAGCGGCUGAAUCCCUGGGCAGACAAGGUAAAGGUUCCAGACAUGGCUGAAAUCCAGUCCCGCCUGGCCUACGUGUCCUGCGUGCGGCAGCUAGAGGUUGUCAAGUCCAGCUCCUACUGCGAGUACCUGCGCCCGCCCAUCGACUGCUUCAAGACCAUGGACUUUGGGAAGUUCGACCAGAUCUAUGAUGUGGGCUACCAGUACGGGAAGGCGGUGUUUGGAGGCUGGAGCCGUGGCAACGUCAUUGAGAAAAUGCUCACAGACCGGCGGUCUACAGACCUUAAUGAGAGCCGCCGUGCAGACGUGCUUGCCUUCCCAAGCUCUGGCUUCACUGACUUGGCAGAGAUUGUGUCCCGGAUUGAGCCCCCCACGAGCUAUGUCUCUGAUGGCUGUGCUGACGGAGAGGAGUCAGAUUGUCUGACAGAGUAUGAGGAGGACGCCGGACCCGACUGCUCGAGGGAUGAAGGGGGGUCCCCCGAGGGCGCAAGCCCCAGCACUGCCUCCGAGAUGGAGGAGGAGAAGUCGAUUCUCCGGCAACGACGCUGUCUGCCCCAGGAGCCGCCCGGCUCAGCCACAGAUGCCUGAGGACCUCGACAGGGGUCACCCCCUCCCUCCCACCCCUGGACUGGGCUGGGGGUGGCCCCGUGGGGGUAGCUCACUCCCCCUCCUGCUGCUGUGCCUGUGACCCCCGGGGCCCACACACUGGACUGACCUGCCCUGAGCGGGGAUGCAGUGUUGCACUGAUGACUUGACCAGCCCCUCACCCAAUAAACUCGCCUCUUGGAAA